AUGUCGAGCUCCUCAUACCAGCGCUCCUCACGCGCAGAGGCUUCAUCCUCAUCCACUGCUUCCGGCAGCAACGGCGGUGCUGUUUCGAGUUCAAAGUCACCGCGCAGCGAAGGGCUUCUCAUCGACGGCAACCUCGUCAACCACGAUACAGCCGCUGUCACCGCUCUGUCCGACUUCCUCCGCGCCUCCACCAACGAGCCCAUCAGCCGGCCCUCAUCAGCAGCAAGCAUGCGCAUUCGCGUCGACAAACCCACCGCUGAAGCCAUCAGUGGUCGCGCUCUCUACACACACGUCCCCACUGGCUUUGAAGAGGAUCCGCUCUUGCAUCCCUACGACUCGGACGAGAACCUGACCACCGAAGGGCGUUCUUCUUCCGGCAAGCGGAGCGCAUUUGGCAAUGGCAAUGGCAACGGCAAGGCACCACGAGCUCGCCGUCGCUCGACACAUGACAGCAUCGCCACGACGUUUGCACGCAGAGGAGGCGCACCACCGUACUCCAGACCGACGCUCUACUCUCGCGCCCGACUUUUUGUUACACAAACCACUGCCAAUGCGCUCUCGUCCGGCUUUUUGGUGCUCGUCAUCAUCUGGGCGCUCUCUGUCCGUCUUCUCGCCGCCAUCCCCAAAUUCUUCGCUCCCACCGUCAAGGAGCAAAAGGAAUGGGACGACCCAAAACGAUGGCGCAAGGAAAAACUCGUCAAGGACGUCCGCUACUACGCUGCCAGCUGCGGUUUCGAGAUCAUCAACGAAACCGUCGAGACGCAGGACGGCUACUACCUGCGUAUGAACCGAAUCAUUGAUCCACAGACCACACAUAAACGCCACUCCGACGGGAAAGGCGGCUUCCCUGUACUCAUCAUGCACGGGCUAUUCCAGUCGAGCGGAUCGUUUGUGACGUCCGAGGAGCGAUCGCUCGCGUUCUGGUUGGCGCGCCAUGGAGGAUACCAGGUGUUCCUGGGCAACAACCGCGGUGUAUUUGAUAUGGGUCAUCGAACCUACAGUCGCAGCGACCCGCGCUUUUGGGACUACAACAUCCGCGAACUCGCUAUCUACGACCUGCCUGCCAUGAUCGACUACAUCUGCAAAGACACGGGUUACGACCGCAUCGCAUACAUUGGUCACUCGCAGGGUAACGGGACCAUGUUUAUCUCGCUCUCCAAGGGCAUGGUGCCAGAGUUGGGCCAGAAACUGAGCUACUUUGGCGCGCUCGCACCCGCCGUGUAUGCCGGGCCGCUAACCUCGUGCUUUCCGUUCACUUCGCUGGGGCAGCUUGAGUGGGCCAAGUGGAAGCGUUUCUUUGGCGUGUUGGACUUUAUCCCGCUCAUGAAGAUUUCGUACGAUUGGACACCGGCGUAUCCCUACGCGCUGCUGGGCUAUCAGAUGUUCGCCUUUCUCUUUGCGUGGACCGAUGCCAACUGGCUGCUCCGACGAAAAGCAAAGAUGUUCCGCUUCACGCCGCAACCGGUCUCGUCGGCGAGCAUCUACUGGUGGGCGGGCAAGGACGGGUUUGCGUCCCGAGGAUGCGUCUUGGAUCCCGCCCUCGACCAGUGGUGGGACGAGAACUUCCCCCCUCUCUCGAUCUUCAGCGGGGGCAUGGACUUCCUGGUGCUGACAGACCCGCUGAUCGAGCGGUUGGAGCAGCGCGAGAAGUGCGUCAAGCUGCUGAGAUUCAAGCGACAGGACGAGGCCGAGCACUGCGAUCACUUCUGGGCGGCCGACGCGGUUGAAUGGUGCUUUAGGGAUAUUCUGGAGGAUAUUGAAAGCACCAGGCCGAGGUAUCCCGAGGAGCUGGAGGAGGAAGAGCAUGGAGCAAAGAACAAGGGAGAUGCCGGGGCGAGCGGAGAAUUGGUCGACGUCCAGUCUUGA